AGCAGUGCGGUUGAUGGGAAAACAACAAGCAAGCAUCAUGAAGGUUUUGCUAAACCUGGUUUGGGCAUAUUUUCUCUUAAAACAGGUUGUGGGGGAAUAUGGGAUGGCCCAUUUCAGUGACAAGGGCCAAGGCAAAGGAAAGGAUUACUGCAUCUUCUUCAACUCCCAGUGGGCUCGUCUACCUCGGGAUCUCAACAAAGCAUCUCGUCUGGAGACCUAUGACCUGACACCGUCAGUCCUGUGUUUCCCAUCAGACGUCCCCGAGGGUGGCUUCCCCAAUCGUAUCCCCAUGGUGAUGCGGGGGAACUGCACCUUCUAUGAGAAGGUCCGCCUGGCUCAGCUCAAUGGAGCUAAAGGCCUGCUCAUCGUCAGCAAAGACAGACUGACCCCACCGGCAGGAAACAAGAGUCAGUAUGAGGAGAUUGACAUUCCUGUGGCAUUGCUCAGCUACACUGACAUGCUGGACAUUAGGAAGAUGUUUGGACAGGGCAGAGAGGUGGCCAUGUACGCGCCCAAGGAGCCCGUCCUGGACUACAACAUGGUUAUCAUCUUCCUCAUGGCUGUCGGGACGGUGGCCGUCGGAGGGUACUGGGCCGGUAGCAAGGACAUCAAGAAGCGUUACCUGAAGCACAAGCGUGAUGACAGCGUGGAGAAGCAGGACGAGGAGACGGUGGACGUGACGCCCAUCAUGAUCUCUGUGUUCGUUGUCAUGUGCUGCUCCAUGCUGGUGCUGCUCUACUUCUUCUACGACCAACUGGUUUAUAUGAUCAUUGGGAUAUUCUGCCUGGCCUCGUCUGUUGGCCUGUACAGCUGUCUCUGGCCCUUUGUUAGGAGACUCCCCUUCGGGAAGUGCAGGAUCCCAGAGAACAACUUGCCUUACUGCCACAAGAGGCCUCAGGUCCGCAUGCUGCUGUUGUCAGCCUUCUGUAUCGGAGUCAGCGUCACCUGGGGUGUGUUCCGCAACGAAGACCAGUGGGCGUGGGUGUUACAAGACGCCCUGGGCAUAGCCUUCUGUCUCUACAUGCUCAAGACUAUCAGACUGCCCACGUUUAAGGCCUGCACCAUGCUGCUGGUGACCCUGUUUGUCUACGAUGUUUUCUUUGUUUUUAUUACUCCGCUCUUCACCAAGAGUGGCCAUAGUAUUAUGGUGGAGGUGGCGGCGGGGCCCUCUGACUCCUCCACACAUGAAAAGCUUCCUAUGGUGCUCAAAGUGCCCCGCCUCAACUCCUCCCCUCUGGCUCUGUGUGACAGGCCCUUUUCUCUGCUGGGAUUUGGAGACAUCUUAGUCCCAGGUCUGCUGAUAGCCUACUGUCACAGGUUUGACAUCCUAAUGCAGUCCUCACGGUUCUAUUUCCUGGCCUGCACUAUCGGUUAUGGUAUCGGGCUGCUCAUCACCUUCGUAGCUCUGGCCCUGAUGCAGAUGGGUCAGCCGGCCCUGUUAUACCUGGUGCCUUGCACCCUCCUCUCCAGCCUGGCGGUGGCGCUGUGGCGCAAAGAGCUGCCAUUAUUCUGGACAGGAAGUGGAUUUGUGGGUCUGUGUCUGCCACCAGCCUGGAUUCUCCCAUUGUAUUCCUCUGCUCCUAGAUAAGUGUCAUAUUGUCUUAAUAGAUUGUCCUGUGGUGUUAGAAUAGAUACUUCUAGGGUCAUUAAACACUAUUGGUAGGUAGAGUCGUGAUGAAUUCACACAUUGACAACAUGAAUUGUAUCUGGUGAUGACAAGGGGAGUGUUCUGAACUGUCUCUCACCCAUUUUCUCUGAACUGCAAAUUGUGAAGAUGCUUCUAUAAGCUACUGGGUUUGAAUGUGGUGUGAAACCAGGUGCUCUGAAGCAACUUUCCUUCCUGAGAAUGUUUUUUUCCCCUCUGUGUGUCUGAGGUAGCAUGGUCCCCAAAUAGGUUUGUGCUGUAAGGCCAACACAGGGCACCAGUUUUAUCUGAGGUGUUUUCAAGCUCAAUGUACAGCCAUACCUCUGCUAACGGUCUACCAGGCUGGCUAACACACUCCUCCAGUCAGUGGUGAUUCUAGUGAAGGACAGCAACCUCAUGGUAGAAAAACCAUCAAGCCGAUUGAUCCACUUGUUGAGAGGAAUGGCUGUAUAUUUUGUUGGCAUCCUGCAUAAACAAUCUUAUCUGUGUGCCUAUUGUUGGCAAUAGUCUGUCUCCCAGACUUGCUCCACAGUGGUCUGAUGUCUCCACUCUGUAUAUCCCUCUCAGCCUCCCAUAGUUCUGCAACCAAUCAACUGUAUGCAAACCCCAGGACCACCCACAGAUGACCCCCUCACCAAUCCUGAGCCACAAGGUCCUGAUGCAACCAAUCAGAGUGAGGACACUCCCCUUCCAGAGAAAGAGGCCAGCAAAUCAGAGUAAAGGACUUCUAGGAUGCCAAUUUCUUAUUAAUUUCAUUUUAUUUUUGACACAUAGGAUCUCAAUGGAACACUAUAAGUUCUUAAACAAAUGAUAAACAUUUCAGUGCACUUGGUGUGAAAAAGGGUAAGAAAAGGACAGAUGGGAGCGAGGGAGGGCACUCAACCUACAGUGGCAGUUCUUCAACGUGUGAAACACCUUGGGGUCAGCAGGGAUCAGCACUGGCUGAGAGUCCUGGAUGAUGCACAACAUACACAGCCCCGACUGCGACCUACGCUGACUUAACGCCCCUCUCAUGAGUUUUAUCAUCCUGUCACAUAAAAUAGACGUUUUUGUCCUCUCCUGUCCUUCAGUUCACCAUUUAUCCCACCAGUCCUAUGCAAAAUAGCAGUCAACAAUCUCCACAACUAGAAGGUCAAUGUGUUGCAGUCCUACCAUCAGAAGCUCUGUCGGUUAGCUUGUUCCCAAUUUUUCCCAAUCUCCUUUAUUAAGUACCUUGAAGAAGAAGAACCACACUACGGCCUGUCUCUCUGUUUAUGACAGAUUAAGUAUCUACCGUACUACAUACCCAUACUACAUACCCGUACUACAUACCCUAUAUCAUGUGGUGCUAUCAUGGAUUCUCAACGACCUAAACGGGAUUGAAUGAUUAUCGAUUUAGGGGGUCAAGGGGCAGGGGGUCAAGGGGCAGUUAAAAAGCAAGCUUAAUGGAGAAUCUCCUUGUAAAUUGUUAUAAAUCCUGGAUAAGGCUUCAUCCGUGCCCGGGAAACCUUCUCCAAUAGUUUUUUUGAUUUGGUUUAAAUCUGAACUUUUGACCUUUUUAUUGUUUUUGCAUGCUAUGGGUUUGGUUUAGACCAGGCUGUCAACAAUAGUGUGUGGUUUAUAUAGUAGCUUACACACUGUCUUUAUAUAAUACUAAGGGUGCAACAGUUAAUGUUGUCCACUCCGUUUCUCUAGUAGAUUUUGUGGUCCCAUUUUCCAUUAGGUGUAAAAACCCAUGUAUUUAUGUGGUAGAUACAUACAGUAGUAUAUAGGUGUAAUUACAUUGUUGGCAGCUAGGUUCAAAUAGUACUUAAACGUGUUUAACAGUUUUUAAAGUUGUAACUAAUUACACUAACUACUUACUGGUAUGUAGCUACCAUGUGAACACAUGGGUUAUAAGGAGACCUAAUGUAGAGCGACCAAUUUUGGUUAUAUAAUUCAUAUUGUCUUAAUGGGUUUUGGCCUUACUGGUGUCCAUGGUUACAAUUGGAAUGUCUCUGUGCUUUAUGAAGACAGAGUUCUGUAUUCAUGUGUUAGUUUAUUAUGUUUCUUAAACUGAUAAGUGAUACUGUUGUUGUUUGGGGGGAGGGGGGGGGGGGUUGUCUCAUGAUAAUAAACUCAGCAACAAAAAAAAACGUC